AUGAUGUAGGAUAGAAAUAGGGAAUCAGAUUAAGCUCUGGAAAAGGGAGGAAGUUAAUUGUAAGGAAUUGCUCUUAGAUGGGCCAAAUCAAAAUACAAGUUUAUUCAUUUUUUAAAAAUCCCAAAGUAAUUACUUCUAGUUCAUUAAUACAUAAUCAAUAUAAGAAUAGGAAAUCUAGUGUGUAAUGAGACAUUAUCUAAGAAAUUUAAUUAAUUUCUAAUGAUUAAAGAUAAAAAGAACGAUACUUUUGAAUUUAAUUGUCAAUGUUAGAAACUAAGUGAUAUUUUCCUAACUACAUCAACGAAUUUCAGUAUAGUAGACUCUACUAAUUAAUAAAUUGUUAAUCUUAAUUUUAAUUCAAAUAUUCAAGAUGUACUAGUAUUAAGAAUAUGUAAAAGCUUUGUAACACUAAUAUUUAUUAUACUUUAUAUUUAUCAAUUAAAAGAAGAUUGUUAAGAUCAGAAAAAAGAAUUGUAAACUGAAGAAGGGAAUUUUUAAGGGCCAUAUAUUCAAGAUAAGAAUCUUAUUUAUUAAGGCAUUUACAAUCUAUGCAAGAAUAAUGAUUUAUAGGUUGAAAGCGCGUAGCAUAUAGAACAUGGAACUUAACCUCAUCUUUCAUUUAUUGCAUUUUUUUGCCAUAUGCACAGCAUUUUAGAAGAUAGUUUUGACGAUUUUACAAGAAUAUGA